AUGAAAGCUGCCGCGGCUGGCACCGACGACGAAGAGGAUGCCCCCGAAGAGGAGGCUGCCGCCGAAGAGGAAGCUGCUAGGAAGAAGAAGAGAGCCGAAGAGGAAGCUGUGAGGAAGAGGAGAGCUGCCGCAGAAGAGGAGGAAAUGGAACUUGCAGCAAAGGAAAAGUGCCGCCCGGAUGGAAAGGCGAGAGGCUUUGGCAAGGUCAAAGGCUUUGGCAAGGUCCAAGAAGGUUUAGAUACAAGAUACAAGGAUACAAAGGAAACUGAACUCGUCUGA